ACGAUGGAAAAUAUUAAGAAAAUCUAAAAGUCGUAACUGAACAAAAAAAAAGACAGAGAGUUUAAUAAAAGUUUGGAUACUCUUUUCAACAUAAAACAUCAAGAUGCUGAUAUAUCAUUGGAUAAAUUAAAGGAAUUAAUGGACGCCUCAUGUCAGAAUGAGCAGAACCCUGAAGCUAGUAGUCAGUGUUCUAGUUUGAAUGACUUCAUUGGAUUCGAUAACGUUUCUCAACCACUGAGACAAAAAGCAAUUGAUAUGAUGGAUAAACUAGCAUGGACAACAAGUGAGCUAGGCAUAAAUGAAUCUUAUGAUUUAGAUGAUUGUCGCGAAAGUGAUAGUGUUUCGCAAUUGUUGAAAAAAACGAAAAUAGACGUAUUAGAUCAAUUACUAGUCGCAGAUUUGAGUGAGCCAGGAUCAAGUCAAAGUUCUGAUUUUGUCAGUUGUCUAGCAGUGUGACAUUAACUCAAACCUCUUCAAAUUGUUCGGAUGAGAAACGUCCAAAGCUUGACAUUGUUACGGACAGUGUGGCAUUAGCUGUGGAUAGAACUCAAACCAGCAGCAGAAGUGUAACACAUAUUUUGGCUACUACUGCUGUUGGUUGAGGUUAUAAGCUUGAUGACUUGAAUCUGAGUUAUAGUACUAUUCACAGAUCUCGUGUUAAUGUACGAAGAAAAAUAGCUAGACAGUUGAAGGAGAAUCUUGACGUGGCAGAUAAUCUUACCCUGCACUGCAAUGGGAAACUGCGUCCUGAAUCGGGUAAAUUGAAGAAAGUGGAAAGAGUAACAGUAAUUGUGUCAGGACUUGAUAUUGAGCAAUUACUGGGCGUGCCGAAAUUUGAUAAAAGAUCAGCUGUAAAUGAAGCUCAAGGUAUUG